UGCCCCUAAGUCGAGAGAAACGGGCCAUUUUGGAUAUCCCUCGCAUUCAUUAGACGACGCAUUGCGCCAUAACACUUCGUCCCUCAUUUCCUAUCUUACGAUGCUUUGCCGAUGACCGCCUUCACCGUUCGUCGUGCUGCCCAGCUAAGUACGCAAGUUGCUCUGCAAUCGUGACGACCCACCGGGCCGUCGCUUCGAACAAAGCUCCUUACUUCCAGCCGUUGCACGAAGAGAUGUGGCCAUAUGUUCAACGAUCCGUGACAAGCCUUGUUCCAAGGACAGGUGCGUCCUGCUAGCGAUUCGGCAAGCCCGGCACAAUUUCGCUUUGCCGGCCUCUUGCAGCGGCGAAAGAGUGAGGCCGGUCGCCCUGCUAUCGGGCACCUUACGGGGCCUCAAAACCGGUUCCAGCCAGCGCGAUCUCUCAUAAGUGAAUUUCGGUACGUGUUGCGAUCGGUUGCAGCCCCGAAUUUUGGAACUCCCAGGGUCAGGACCAGUCGCUGAGAGCCGCUGCUAGUCCGAGGAACGAUGUUUUCAAGACAAGCCGGUGUUUACUGUCGGUUAUCGAGGCGUACGCGCCUCCCCCGCUCGGAAGUCGCGAGCGGCGGCCCCUUUACAAGGAAAGCCUCGCUGCACGUGACGCAACCGUGUACGUCUCUCGCCGGCAGCUGGUCUCUCCCUCUCUCUCCGCGCGUCGCUGCCGCUGCCAGAGAAGGUCGCCGGCACAAGUGUUCACGUGCUCGCGGCGUGAUCUCAACGGCAGCGUGCACGUUCCCCCGCUUUUUAUCACCCGGCGAGGUGCCCUCUCGCCGCAAAAGGAAAAACAGCCUCCGCAUGGGAACACACGCGUCUCGCGCUUCGAGCAACAACCUAAGAGCCGACACCGAGCUGGACGCGCUGCAGCACCAACCAUGGCACCCCCGAUGCCCAAAAACGAUGCCGACUUGAACGACGCGCAGUCUUCGGACCGCCCAAGGAUCGUGCUACCCUGGAGCCUCCGGCAGCGCUGCUUGGACGAGGUCAGUCGCAACGUGUGGCGUUGGAGCAAGAGUCUGGACGAGGGGUCCGAGUGCUCCGGCGGAACGCCGUCCACACCGCUCGAGGACAACCCGUUCGUGGACUACCCCGUGCACGUGAGACAAGACCUGCUUGAGUCUAUCUUGGACGACGAAGGACGCAGCCCCGCUGUCCGACGUGUAGCCGAGCUCCUGCUUGUUUCAGGUCUCGAGUCUUUCGACCUCAGCUGCCUGGAUGACUUCAGCACGGUAGACCUGCAGUUCAUUCUGCAGCUACUCGAAGAGCACGGUUCGUCUCUCCGGGAACUGACCAUAUCUGGACUCUGGAUGUUUUCCUCGGAGAGCGAAGACAUUGUACGAAGACUCCUGAGUGCAGCUUCCAACCUCCGAGUGCUCCGGAUUCAAGACAUCUACCGUGACAACUUCGAAGUACUUGUGAGAUCGUGCCCACUCCUGCAGCGGUUAGAGGUAAUGCACCACUCUAUCAACGCUGACGACAUCGAUUCUGUGACGCGCAUCGUGCAACUCGAGAACUUGCCAGUCCAACAAAGCCUUAUGCAAGUAAGCCUACCGGCAUCAGUGGAUGGUGAAGGAAUCAUCAGUUUAAUCGAAACCUUUCCGAACCUUCAGAUAGUCCGGUGUGUGUACCUGGAGUCGGUGCUUGAUAGCCUCGAUUCGCGGACCGGCAGUGGUCAGAGGGAGUGGUGGGAGAACCGGCUGUCGCGUAUCCAUGCUCUGCAAAGUGGUCAUCCCAUGGGCUGGGGUAGUGUGGAGCGACUAGUUGCUUGGUUCCCACAGCUCGAGGAAGUCGUGUUGCACGUUCAGGACGGCAUGAACAUUCGAGAGCUAUCCAAACUGAAAAGACUGCGUUCGUUGGAGCUUCGGAACAGCCCAACGAUUCCUUCGUCGUAUACAGAUGACGUGCUUCCCCUGCUCGCUCUUUGUGGCCGUCGCCUUCUUCGCCUAGGACUCGAGCAUUUCGACGUGAUUGAUUUGGGACGAACGAACGCCAUGUGUCCCGAUCUCGAAGCACUUUCUCUUCGCUGGUUCAUCUUGCUCGGAUGUUCACUCCCGGUCACUCAUUCAAGGACAGUUGCAGUGAAACCUUUCCAGAAUCUGAGGGAACUGACAUUGAGACCUCGCGUUGGUAGAUUAGUGCAUAGGGAUGCAUGUGAACUUUUAUUAUCACACUGCCAGAACAUCAGGCACAUCGAGCUUUUCUGUGGCGGAGGCCUCAACGAUUCCUUAGCGUUGCUGCUGUGCAAGAGAAAUGGCUUUCCGAAACUGAGGAGCUUACGGUUGAGGCAUGGCCACGCACUCAGUGCCGACGGCUUACAGAGUUUCCUGUCAAAAGCUUCCAACCUGAAAUUCUGGAACGCUGGGAAGUUUACUCGUAGGUCUUCUUUGGGUGACGACGAUGAAGAUGAAGCUGCAAACGUCCAUGAUGAAGAUCACUGACUCGAAUCAUACUGUGAUACACAGUCGUUCUGACCUUACUACCACACUCGGAUGUGAUGGUGGCGAGAACCGGUGACUGGAUCUAACUCCUUUUCAAUGCAAAUUCCCACAAUUUGUCUCAGUCUUGUGCACUCGGUGCUGUAAUGAAGUGAAGUUCGGUUUGUGAUUUAUAAGUGCUGAUUGUUUUUGAGCGUGUUUAUAUGUGUUGUUUUGUAUAGGAAGAUGUCCCUGCCGUUUGUAAAAAAAGAAACGAGGAGCUUUCAGUGCCUUUUGACUGGAUAACGUGCGGUUGAAAAAAUGUCCAGUUAUAUUUCAUGCCACGUUGUAUGCAAAUUCGGUUGACUUCAGGUAUGCGUAUAUAAAUAUAGCGUUAAAUUUAGUAUAACACGCUUUUGUGCGUUUCGUGGUGUUCAUGAGGCUCCCAUUUAAAAAAAAAAUCUAGAAGCUGGACCCAGAUCUUGUUUCAUCCUGAUGCCCAAUUGAAAGAGCACAAAGGAUAUGCAAUUGGAUAUUGCGUUCUGGUGAAAAUGUAUGGUCCUAUAAAUUAUCUCCUUCCGUAAGGUCACAAACCCUAGUUCUUGGUAAGGCCUGGGCGAUGCACAACCUACAAUUUCUACAUGUCAUUCCUGACAGGGUACAAACAGUAUUCUAUGUUGAUAUUUUGUUUUCUAUCUGCGAUGCAUUUCGCGGUUGUUUUCGUACCAGGACAAAGUCUUCAUUGUAAAUAAAGAACUCUGAAUGUUUAUAAAAA